AUGAAGAAGCGAUUUUCAUCUGGUUCAUGCAAUGCAACGUUGAUUCCUUUCACGAUGGUUCUAUCAUUUAGCCUAUUCUCCGUGCUUUACUUUUUCAAUGCCGACUCUUCUUCCCGAUUCAAUCACGUCUCUUCCGUAUUGAAUUCGCCUUCAUUUCCAAGAAAUCAAGAUCAAAGUCUUAGAAGUGAGAAGCCAACUGAAAGGGACCCACAACAUUCCUUCCUUCAAGUUGAAUCACAAAUCAGCUGUGACCGGUCUCACUAUCAUUAUGAUCUUUGUUCAAUCAACGGUCCAAAUGUUUUGGACCCAAUUUCCUCCACUUUCUAUGCUAUUGGGCCAACUAGCCCAAGAAAAUUUAAGCAGAAAAUAAGGCCUUACCCAAGAAAAUGGGAGAACCUUACAAUGUCUAAAAUAAAGGAGGUAACCUUAAUUUCUGGCCCAAAAGGCCCAAAAUGCAACGUUAUACACAACACUUCAGCAGUAGUAUUCAGUGCAGGAGGAUACACAGGAAACUUUUUCCAUGAUUUUAAUGACGGAUUUGUUCCCCUCUUCAUCACUGUCCGAUCGAUGUCUUUGUCCAAUCAUGAUGUUGUCCUUGUGAUUGAGAAGUCUCGUGAUUGGUGGGUUAGUAAGUAUAGUGAUCUCCUUGGUGCAUUUAGCAACUACCCAAUUAUUAAUCUUGAUAAUGAGACUAUAACACAUUGUUUUAAGUCUGUUUCAUUGGGCCUUGUCUCACAUGGGUUCAUGACUAUCAAACCAAGAUUAAUGCCCAAACCGACAACUAUUCUCGAUUUUCAUUAUUUUCUAAAUAAGGCCUAUGGAAAAGCCCAACAAUCUGAUUUUACAAUUCCGAUGACUAGGCCCAAAUUGGUCUUGCUUAGUCGAUCCGGUGGGGUGGGCCGGGUGAUCUUAAACCAAGUUGAAAUGAAGACCAUGGCGGAGAACAUGGGCUUCAAUGUGAUAGUAUUUGAGCCCAAGCCCGAGAAUACAUUGUUUGAGGCUCAAAGGCUUAUAAAUGAGAGUCAUGUAAUGGUGGGGGUCCAUGGGGCGGCCUUGACCCAUUUCUUGCUUCUACGGCCGGGUUCGGUUUUCAUUCAAGUUGUACCCAUAGGGAUCGAUGGGGUUGCAGAAAUGUGUUUCGGAAAACCCGCUAAGGAAAUGGGUUUGACAUAUUUGGAGUACAAAAUAAGGGUUGAGGAGAGCAGCUUGGUAAAUAGAUACAACAAAUCUGACCCGGUUCUUACAAAUCCAAUGUCCUCUAACAAAAAUUGGUGGGCCGAUUUAGGUAAGGUUUAUUUGAAGGAGCAAAAUGUUGAAUUAGAUUUGAUUAGGUUUAAGGACUACUUGAAGUAUGCAUAUAAUAAGGCUAAGAGGUUCAUGAACAAGGUUGGAUAG